AUUGACAAGAGCACCUCCUCCGGUAAGCGUGGAAGAGAUGGAGGCCCCAACCGUAGAAGACCAAAGGUAUUCGAUGGCAUAAAUGACAAAAGUUACAGCAUCAUCGGAGUCUAUGGCAUUGGGGGUGUUGGCAAAACAACUCUGCUCAUGAAUAUCAAUAAUCGCUUCAAAGAGCAGCCUUCUUUUGACACAGUUAUAGUGGUUACAGUGUCUGCCACUACAAAUAUAUUGAAUAUCCAAAAGAAGAUUGGCAAACGCCUCGGAUUGGACUUGUCGAGUUGCGGUGAGGAGGAUUCAAAAGAUAAGUUGUUGGGUGCUCUAAGGAGGAAGAAGUAUCUAUGGCAUGAACUGAAACUCGAGAGCAUAGGAAUCCCUCGACCCAAAAAUGAGAGUGGGUGUAAAAUUUUGGUAAGCAGCCGAAAUCAAGAUGUAUGUACUGACACAGGGGCAGAAUUCAUAAUAGAAGUGAAGAAAUUAUCAGAGGCGGAAGCUUGGAGACUAUUCAUUAAAAGAGCUGGUGGGAAUGUUACUUCACCUUCAAUAAAACCCCAUGCUGGAACUCUACUUAAAAAAUGUGAGGGCCCGCCCUUAGCCAUAAACACUGUUGCGCAUGCUAUGGAAAACCGACACACAAGGGGAGGGGAAUGGGAGGGUGCCGUUAGAGAAUUGAACCAGUCAGCUGCAAGCCUACGAGGUAUGAAGGAAAAAGUACUUGAUUGUUUAAAGUUCAGUUAUGAUAGACUAGAGAGUGAUAUGCACGAGUCUCUCUUCCUUUUUUGUGCUUUAUUUCCUGAGAACUGUUCAAUACACCGAUAUGAAUUAGCAGUUCUAUGCAUCGGAGAAGGAUUAGUGGACAGGCUAGGCAGCUUGAGAGCCACUCACAAUAAAGUUGCUACCUUGGUCGGGAGUCUCAAAAGCUCAUGUAUGCUAGAAAAUGGGGAAGAAGAGGGCGAGGUGAGAAUGCAUGAUAUAAUCCGUGAGCUAGCAACUGUGGAUCACCUCUCCAUUGUCACAGGGCAACAACAACGAAACUCUUGCGGCCAUCCCAUCCCAACAAGUAGUUUCUUUGAAUGCGUGGGACGCCUUCGUGUGCUUGAUCUUAGUUGUACACGGAUUGAAUCUCUUCCGUCUUCUCUUCCCUAUCAUUUAGUGGAUCUCCGUGUGCUCAUAUUAAGAGGAUGCAGUUGCCUGCAAGAAUUACCACCAAUUGGAGGGCUCCAACAACUCCAGGUUUUGGACCUUUGGUGUUGUAAAAAUUUGAAAACGAUGCCUGAUGGUAUGGGAGAUAUAAGUAAGCUAAGAUACUUGAAUUUAAGUGUAACACGGUUUGAAAUUCACAAAGGGCAUGGCGCCACAUUUCAACAACUUGGUGUACAUAAAUGUUAAAAGAUGUGAAGGAUUGGAGGAGGUUAUUGAAGAAGACAACAACAAUGAUGGACCAUCACCAUUAUCAUUAACUCUAUCCAAGUUAAUAACAUUGCGGUUCAAACCUCUACCGCUGCUCUGCUGAGCAGUAUAUGCGGCAAAUGUGUGUUGUUUUGCCCACUGAUUUAUCAUGUGAUGAUAGAGGAAUGCCCGCAACUAGAGAAAGAGCCACUUGAUGUCUACAGUGCAAAUGGGGCACUUGUAAUCAAAGGAGACAAGUGGGAAGGUGAGGUUGUUCAGAGGGAGUCAUGAUUUGAUGAGGCAGGCGACCAAAAUGAUGGUUGGUGCAAUGGCCCAUGGAAAGUUACUGCAGAUUCCAUUCAUGAUUUUUAUAUCCUCAAGGUGUACUCCUAGAGCAUGUAUUAGUACUCUUGAAGCGCUUGUCUUUAUUGCCGGAGUGACCUAUUCAACCAUCGGAACGAUGUGGCACCAGAAGGUCUACUGUCGGAGCGUAUGUCCUCAUUGUCGGAGCGACUUAUUCAACCUUCAGGGCACUAUUGCUUCAGAACAUAUACUGCCGGAGCGAGUCCUUGCAUUGUCGGAGCGCAUGUCUUCAUUGUCGUAGUGUUUAAAUGGACUAUCAGAGGGCAUGGGAAGAGAGUCGUGGGUAAAAGCCACGAGGAGAGAGAGGGGGGUAGUUUAAUCUUUUUUUUUCUUGUUUUGGAUUGGGGGGUUUUUGUGAGGAAAGAUGGUUGUGGGAAAAAAAAUGAGAGGAAAGGUUAGCUAGGGGAUAAGUUGCAUAGAUCAUAUAC